GUUUUGGCGGGAAAUUUUGGUCAUCCAUGCGCAAGAUCGAAGCUCCAAAGUGGAAUGGAACACCCGCGUCAUUUGGGUAUUUUAUUUUUCCAAUAAUUUGCUCCGGUCCGACGAAACAAUGGAUUCCGAUUCAGACUCAGAUGCUUCUCAUGUCUCCGCUACGCCCCCCAGAGAAGAGCCUCCAUCAGCCUUGCCUUCACAUCCGCCGCCGCCGACGAAGAAACCUGUUCUCGUUCCUAAUAAAUUGAAAUCGUCUUCCUCGUCUUGCUUGAAAUAUUCAAAACCCAAAUUACGCUCUUCAAGACCAACAAAAGCGUCGUCCAAACCGGAAUUCACUCAAGAAGAAUUGCCUGGUAACUCCUUUGGCCACCCUACUCCACCCUUCCAAAUCCGUCGACCUUCUGACUGUGUUACCCAACUGUCAACUGCGCAGUACUUUGAAACCCUCCCAGCUGGCUACUUCUCCAAGUCCGUGUCUUUCUCGAAAAUUCGAAGGCCAUUCCUCAGUUUUGCAGAUUCAUCUGGAAAUGAACCUCCCCUUGAUUUUGCAUCUAAUCCAGGCCUCAAGAACGAGAGUAAUGAAAGUUAUUAUCAGCAGGGUGAUUCUAUUCCUCUAGGUUUAGAGGGAAAAAGUCUAAGUGCAAGGAAUAUGACAAAAUUAGGAAAGAGACAUCCUAAUCUCAUUGGAGCUAAUGUGCCGGCGCCAUCUAUAAAGGUGCGAAAAUGUGGCAGCGAGGGAAAUUUUGUGAGGUUGAACCUGAAUAGCAAGAGGUGGAAGUCUCGGAACCGUGGGAAAAAGAAAAAUUUUGCAUAUAGUAAGCGUAGAAGUUACAUGAGAGAUAAAGUUAAAUCGAAACAUGAAGAUGAGGAUCAAAUGCAGUCGGUCUACGAGCCCAAGGAGGAUACGUUUGUAGUGCGGACAGCGCAAAAGAAGUCCAGGGAUCCUCGUGGAACCAAAGAAUUUAAUUGCGAAAUGAUUGAAGAGGCGAUUUCAGCAGUUCGAGAUGUCCCAUCUGACGAGAACCUGGUGAAGUUGCUACAAUUAGUUUAUGGCCACGAUGCUUUUCGGGAUGGUCAGUUGGAGGCAAUCAAGCUGGUACUUGCUGGAAAGUCGACUAUGCUUAUUUUGCCCACUGGUGCUGGAAAGUCCCUGUGUUAUCAGUUACCUGCAAUGAUUUUACCUGGAAUUACCCUGGUCGUCAGUCCAUUGGUAGCCUUGAUGAUUGAUCAACAAAGAAAAUUGCCUCCUAUGAUUAAUGGAGGGUUUCUAUGCAGCAGUCAGACACCUGAAGAAUCCUCUGAAACGCUGAAGCAGCUUCAAGAAGGUGCAUUAAAGGUGCUUUUUGUCUCACCAGAGAGGUUACUGAAUGAAGAGUUCAUGUCAGUAAUUUCUUCCUCUUCAACUGUUUCUCUUGUUGUGGUUGAUGAAGCCCAUUGUAUAUCUGAAUGGUCACACAAUUUUCGCCCUUCAUUCAUGAGGCUCAGGGCAUCUUUUCUCCGCAAUAAGCUAAAUGCAGGUUCUAUUCUGGCAAUGACAGCGACUGCUACAGCCAUAACUUUAAAUUCCAUCAUGUCUGCUUUAGAUAUUCCUUGCACAAAUCUUAUUCAGAAGACAAAGUUAUCGGAUAAUUUGCAUUUAUCUGUUUCCUUAGCAAGAAAUAGAAUGAAAGACUUGUUGAUGCUGAUCAAGUCUCCUCCAUAUGUGGAAGUUCAAAGCAUCAUCAUAUACUGCAAAUUUCAGUCUGAAGCUGAUAUAAUUAGCAAAUACUUGAGUGACAACAAUAUCUCUGCGAAGAGUUAUCAUAGCAGUAUCCCUGCAAAGGAGCGUAGCUAUGUGCAGGAGUUGUUUGGUUCCAACAAGAUCAGGGUGGUUGUUGCAACUGUUGCAUUUGGCAUGGGAUUAGACAAAAGGGAUGUUGGAGCUGUAAUUCAUUACAGUCUGCCAGAAAGUCCUGAGCAUUAUGUGCAGGAGAUUGGACGUGCUGGAAGGGAUGGGAGGUUGUCCUUUUGCCACCUAUUUUAUGAUGAUGAGACAUAUGUCAAACUCCGUAGUCUAAUGUACAGUGAUGGAGUAGAUGAAUAUGCGGUGAACAAGUUCCUCUGCGAAGUAUUUCCUGCUGACAGAAUUUCCAACGGCCAAAUAUGUUCCUUGAUCAAAGAAUCUGCUUCACGCAGGUUUGAUAUAAAGGAAGAGGUGAUGCUGACACUUUUGACGCGCUUGGAGCUGGGCAAUGUGCAGUACAUACGUUUACUUCCACAGAUAAAUACCACUUGCACUUUGAGUUUUCACAAGACUCUCCCUACAUUACUUGCCCAAAAGGACUCUGCUGUUGCUGCAAUUCUGAAAAGGUCUGAAAAUAAGCAAGGGCUAUAUGUCUUUGACAUGCCCUCUGUGGCUAAUGACAUGGGAGUUACAGUUGUUGAGCUAUCAAAUCAAUUGCACAAUCUAAAGUUGCUUGGAGAAAUAACUUUUGACACGAAGGACUCGGCCUAUUGCUAUAUCAUUGUCAAAGCACCAACAGAUUUUUUUUCGUUGUCGGCAGAUCUUACACGAUGGUUAUAUGAGUUUGAAGGAUCAAAGGUACGGAAACUGGAUGCAAUGUUUGAUGCGGCAUAUCAUGCAGUAAAUAUUUGUGACAAGAUGCCAGGUUGCAGUAGUUCUAAUCACACACCAUGCUUGCAAAGAAAGAUAUUAGAUUACUUUGCUGGAGUCGAUAAUAAUUCCAUGUACAAGAAGUUGGAUCAAAGCAGUCCUUUUUUGCGGGCAGAUAUAAAGGUCUUUCUACAGAGCAAUUCACAGGCCAAAUUCACGCCAAGAGCCAUUGCAAGGAUAAUGCACGGCAUUGCAAGCCCAGCCUAUCCUUCCGCUGUUUGGUCUAAAACUCAUUUCUGGGGACGGUAUAGGCAUGCGGACUUUCAGGCGGUGAUGGAAGCCGCAAAGGAAGAACUCAAGAAUUUUGUUGGAAAAGACGGCAGCUCUAGCCAUUUAAGAUAAGGUUUACCAUCUGAUUGGCAAAUAGAUUCGGAUUCCAUGGUGCUAAUGCACAUGCAUAUUUUGAAACAGAAGCUAAGUUGUUAUUGAACUAUCCAAUUGUUAGAUAUGAGUCAUGGCAUGAAUUAGGUGGGUAAGCUCCAUAGCCAUAGGUUGAAAACAGAAACAGUUUUACUGCUGCCUGAUUUGUGAACCCCAAGGUUUGCAUGUAAAAUGAAGUAAUCCACGUUGUACAAGACAUACUGGCUUGUAAAUAGUAAAGCAGUUUUGGUUAUA